AUGUCCUGCUACGAUCUGUGCCGUCCCCGCGGCCCAACCCCGCUUGCCAACAGCUGCAACGAGCCCUGCGUCAGGCAGUGCCAGGACUCCGAGGUGGUGAUCCAGCCCUCUCCCGUGGUGGUGACCCUGCCCGGACCCAUCCUCAGCUCCUUCCCGCAGAACACCGCCGUGGGAUCCUCUGCCUCCGCCGCCGUUGGCAGCAUCCUCAGCGAGGAGGGAGUCCCCGUCUCCUCCGGAGCCUACGGCCUCUCCGGAUGGAGCAGCCGGUACUCUGGAAGAAGGUUGCUGCUCCAAUAA